AUGUCGACGUACGACCAAGUGGAAAUCGAAGACAUGACUUUUGAUCCUGACACGCAAAUGUUCACGUAUCCGUGUCCGUGUGGUGACAAGUUCCAGAUCUACAUCGACGACCUAUACGACGGUGAAGACAUAGCUGUGUGUCCCAGCUGCUCGCUCAUGAUACAGGUCAUCUUUGAGCAGGAGGAUCUGCAAGAGUACUACGAGGAGGCUGGUUCCCAGCCUCCCGCGCCAAUCUCUGUUGCUGCCUAG